AUGGCUACCGAUGCUUCACCUCUUAGUCCCAUGAGGGAAAUGUCUUUGGAGAGACAGGAUGCCAGUCAGGGAGAAGACAGAAUCAGCAGCUUACCUGAUGAUGUUCUUGUUCACAUUCUUUCCUUCCUUCCAACCAAAGAAGCUGUAAGGACCUCGGUUUUGUCUACAAGAUGGAAAAUUUUGUGGAUCUCUCUCCCGAACCUUAAUUUUGAAGAUCCGGGUCCUAUUCAAGAUAUAAGGGGUAGUUCCUUGAAGGUUGUAGAUAGAUCACUCCACCAUCGUAAUGCUUGUAAAAGAAAACUCUCUCCUAUCUUGCAGAAGGAAGUUGAUGAAUUCGGUUUCAGCCCAUGGCUAUCUGCUGUAAUAAGGCUCUUGAUUAAACCAACAUAUGUUACCUUACCGGAUUGUCUUUUUACUUCGGAAUCAUUGAUUAGCUUGGUGUUGAGGUCGCAUUGUACUCUGAAAGUUCCUGCUCCUGUCCGUUUCCCAAGCCUUAAGGUCUUGAAACUUUCAGGUGUCAGAUUUAAGGAUGAGCAGUCCUGCCAAGAGCUGUUUUCAGGUUGUCUAGUCCUAGAAGAGCUGGUUUUAGAACAGUGUGAUUGGAAUAAUAUAGACGAAAUCUACAUCGAUAUUCCUACUCUGAUGAAAUUCUCUCUUUCCAAUUAUAAAGCUGGACUGAUAAAGAAUGGGAAUUGUAAAAUCAAAGUUAACACAGCAAAUCUGAGCCAUUUAUCGUUGAGAAUUUCGUUGCUGGUUCAACUUGUUCCAUACAAUCCAAUAUUGCCAGUUCUGGACAGGGCUCAGGUAGAUAUUAUUGGCUUUAGAAAUCGAGGAGAGAAUUAUCACCUUGCAAUGAAACUACUUGCUGGACUUCAGAAUGCAAAUUCCGUUUCAGUUAAUGUUAAUUUGCUUCGGCUUCUUGAAGGUGCAGAAAAUCUUGAAGCAGGUCUUCCCACAUUUCACAAUUUGACUCAUUUGCAUGUUAGACCGGAUCAUUACUUUCCUGGUGCUUAUACUGUGGGAGCAUUGAUGUAUCUGCUUCAAAAAGCACCAAAACUUGAAACUCUUGGCAUUGCUUCGGGUUUUAAACCACAAGAUCAAGAUUGGUUUUUCCAAACCCUACCUUGUUUCAGCUCUUGUCUAAAAUCCUUUGCCAUCUUGUGUUUUGAGGCCACUGCCGCUAGUAUACAAUUGUUGAAGCAUUUAUGUCAGCAUGCGCCUGUUUUGAAGAAGAUAUCUUUGUUUUGCAAUUGUGAUUUCAAAGACGAGACCAAGUAUCAAGUGCUACGAGUUCUUAGAGAAUCGAAAAUAGUUGAAAUUGGGUUCUAUCCUGUGAAGUUGGAAUCUAGCAUUUCAAUCAUUUGA